AAAAAAACAACAACUGAAGGGAAGAGUGUUUAUGACUGUGGGGGUUUUGAGAGGCAGCCUUUUAAACCAUGCCAGUGUGAGAGCCUGAGGGAGUGGGUGAGCAGGCCUGUGUGUGGGCAAGCCACCACUUGACUGUCUUUGUUGAUUCUCCACCGGGGAAUGAAUUUGACCAGGGAUCUGUGGUGAUGUUUGGGGAGACUCUGUGAUUUGGCUGUUUGAGUGAACUGAGACUAGGUCCUUAUUACAAGACAAUGUGGAGGGUGUGAGAGGCACAUUGUCUGAGUGAUCUCUCCCUGGCUAGCUCCUUGGGGCAGCACUCAUUUGCCACUGAAUGCAUAAACACUUCCUUGUAUUUAGAUUGCGUUUAGGUUGCCUCUGUUUUAUCAUCUAGCCCCACCUGUGCUCAAACUUUGUUAAGCACAACACUCUUGGGAGACAAGUACUUACCAGGAGAGGUUCCUGUUCCACUAAGAAAUGUUCCUACAAUAAUAGUCCUUUGCCAAGACUCCCAUUCUGUAUUUUUAUGAAAAUUCCUUCUAAUUCUUGGAAUGAACUAAAUGUCAGGUUUUCUGCUCUUUAACGCUCUGAAUCCAAAAGGGCAUACCCUAUUGUCAAGCAAGAGGGCUUAGUACCAAGUAAAGUCCAGAAGAUUCUAUUGAAUAAAGGGGGAAGGGAGUGAGCAUCAGAAGGUCCUUGAAAUCAGCGAUGACAUAUUUUACCAUGCUCGGUAUUAAUGGCUGUCAGUAACUGUGUCUAGUGGCUUCGUCUUCAACCACCUUGUGUGUUUCCUUUUUCCUUUGUUCUUCCCUACCCACCAACUCUGGCCUGAGCUUCCUUAAAGUUCUGUGUCCCAAAGACCAGAUUCCUAUUUGGUAAAGUGAGGCAGCGGGCAUCAUACCCCCAAGCUGGUUUUAUCUAGCUUCGGAAGUUGGCUCAUCCUAGAUGUCUGAGGAGAAAAACCAAUUCCCAUAUUUUGCAAGUUUACUUUGCUGUACUACAGUGAAUAAUUGUCCUGGGGGGACGAGAUGGCAUCAGAGAAUAUUAAUCUUAGAUUUUCAUUUCCUGUAAAAUAACUUUCCACUUAUUAUAUUCAGUGAGAAUACUUUGGGUUUCAGGAAAUAUGCAUAUUUUAUCACAGACAAUCCGAAGCGAGCUCUCAAAUGUAGCUGAGGCCCCAGAGUUAAGAGGUACAGGCAGUUGGGGAGACCAGAAGAGGCUACGGUACACUGAGAAAGGGUAGGAGGUAAACAGAGGCAGAAUCAAGUCACCCAUAGCAUGAGCACCUACACAGCACUGUCCAAUUUUAGACCUAAGCCAUCAUAAAAAUUGGUAAUAAGAAAACAGUAAAAAUCAAAGCAGCCUCAGGGAUACAUCAAAUCGCAAGCCUGGGCCAUGUCAAGUACUUCACGUAUAAGCUCUUUUGCAUACUGUCCACCCCAAGGAACUGGUUAGGGGUUGUGGCGUAUCUAAGAGGAAAGAUUAGUUUAAGGAAAAGAAUUGAAACACUUUUCCCAAGGAACUCAAAAGCGGUCCCAGGGUAACUUCACAGGCCAGAAUUCAAGGGCAGGAACAGGAAGGAGCAUAAAGCCUCUCCCUUCCCUUGGGCUUCCACUGUGUGGUAGCAGAGAUGAGUCACUAGACUUUAGGCUACAGCCUCUGAUGAUCAAGCAAACAGAAGACUCUCCUUCUGCACAGCCAGGAAAAUCCACAAAAGCAAGCCUACUUCUAGCUGUCGACUGCAAAGUCUAAGGGUCUCCAAGACCACAUUGUAUCUGAUACCCUGUGCAUUCGGGGGUGUCCAAGCACAGUCGCAGUUUCGAAAACUUAGCAAAAUGACUCCUGAAACUCUCUAGAAACUGUUAUCCUCCAGUUAUGUUUUCUUAAAAAAAAAAAAAAAAAAAAGGACAUGGCCUAAAAUCAGGCAAGGGAAGACAGCCAUGUGGCAAAAUCCAGGGAAAUUAUGGAAGCCAAGCUUCCAGUCCACUCACACAAAGUACUAAGCUUUCCUAUUAACAAUGUAUGAUAUCAAGAACAGGGUGAGUCAGGGUAGCUGGCCUUCUAAGGUUUAAAGGGUCAGUUUGAGGCUUAAACAUGAAGGCACAGUUGACCAUUCAUGUGUCCGAUGUUUUAGCAUUUUCCAUUAUCCAAAAUGACCUAAGACCCAUAAGUGAAUAGAGACUCUUGACUGGCCCUUUUAAGACUCCCAAGAGCUAGUCUCGAGAUCAUGGACCAGGACUUAUGAAUUCUCUCUUCAGAGAAUGUUGAUUUUUUUUUUCAUUUAUACAUGCCAGUGUUCUGAUGAAAGCCCUCCCUGCACAGGGCUCAUGGGUCCUAGGUGCUCUGGUGGGAAGCUGAAACUUGCUGUCUGGUAAGACCAUUCACCUUGUCCAUCACAUCACCUGGGCAUUGAUGAAGGUAUUUCCAGAGGGAAAUUCUGCGCUAUCUCAUGGAGAGACUAUACUACGCAAUGAAACCAUCAAAUUUCUUCUAUUUCCAUUUGAUGGGAUAUCAUUAAGGAGUCCGAGGGAAAUGAACUAAAGAUGACUUGAUAAGUGUAAUUUUUAAAAAUCAGACAGAUCCUCUUAAAAUAUGACGUGUGUGACUUAGAGAACAGAGAAACUAAUGGGGAGUUGAUGAAGAGGUUCUGUAUGUGAACACUUAUGCAAAUUCCCCAUCAGGCGGGAGAUGUCUGUCUCAUUUCCCUGGAGUCCGGAGUCCCGUGUGAGUUACCUGAGGCGCCUUAUAUACUCUCCAUGUCCACACAGACCCUGAGCCAAUGGCAUCUGAGUAUCUAGAAGUGAGGUUCAGGGUCUCACAAUGUUUAAAGAUCCUUGGGAUUUACUAUUCAAGAGUUUUGAAACAAGAGCAAACUCUACAAAAAUUUGGUCAGUUUUCAGUAGGACCAAACUUCCAUAAUUGAAUAUAUAUGUCUAAAACACUAGUCGGGAGUAUGGCUCCAGAACCUCAAUGAGAUUCCAUGGGGAAAAAAUAGAUUCUGGAAAUUUAGAUUCUGAUCUUUGCUUCAUGUUAUGUUUGUAUUAUCACUUGGAUCUUGAGGAAAAUUUAUCUAUUGUAUAAUAUACAGAACAUCAUUUAUAUAUUGUAUAAUAUAUCACAUAUAUUAUUUAUGUGGGGAGUGGGUAUAAGGGUAUGUGCAUGGGGAAAAAAGAGGACAAUGUGUUUGUCUGUCCCCUUCUCCCACCGUGACAGUCCUAGUAAUGUCGCUGGAGUCAUCGUGCUUGUCCGCUAGUACCUUUAUUCACUGAUCCAUCUGAUGGCUCCAAGGAAAUUCGUUGUUGGUGAAAUACAGCCCUGAGUAGAGAGAAAUGCUGCUCAGGCAAUAGAUUUUUGGCAGAGGUGAAUUAUCGUUCACCGGAUUCAUCCCAUUCAUUGAAAUGUUUGUGUUUAGUUUGGGGAAUUAAAAAUUUUGAGUGUGAGAGAAAAUUGUUCGAAAGAGACAGAGGGAUUGAAAUAAAAGCCACUUCAGACCCAAAGGAGAAUCUUACUAGCCGCGUCUUGGUGUGCUACACUGGAACCCUGCCCCAGUCAACAGAGAAUUUUUUUUUGAAGGUAAGCAAUUUAGAAAAUGAAUCUGCUCUACCUUUUGGUAGGAAGAUGGGUGCCAAGGUUAGAUCUUUAAGGAAAUAAUCUUAUUAGUCCCUCUUAUUAAGGAAGCCUCUGCCGCGUGUAGACUUUGAACCUGCCUGAUGAAAAGUGGGUCUUGUCAAACAGCUCCCAGCUCCGAGUGAAAAGGUUGAAUGUUGUUGGUUUAGACCGUCCAAUCCAAAUGCAAACAUGUUUCUAAGCUUGUGUUUGCAUACUCUGCAAGGGACAAAAAAAGACUUCCUCAUUUUCCCUGACUCUGACACUAAUGGCGUUGCAGGGGGAUGGCAGCUCCCACAGAAAUUACUAAAUCACCCUGUUAAUGGUGUGCACAGAGAGGCAAAAAGCAACCAGCAUACCUUGAAAUGCAAAGCUUCCAGAUAGCCAUUGUUUGGGUCCUUUUAUUUCUCAAACUCUCCAUUUCCACCACCACCCCGCCCCUUUAUGGCUUCUGGUCCUUGAGUUUCUCCGUACUGACCCCGUCUGGAAGUUGUAAGGCUGGAAUCCUGACAGCAUUCAUAGCUGAUGUCUGUCUUACAGGAUUAUUGCUCACCAGGAAUGCUUCACUACAUAAUCAAGCAGAAGGUCAAGAGAGGUGGAGAGAGAGAGGGGAAAAACUCUAAUUAAAUCAGGAAGGGCUGACUUGUGCCCUGAGAAAUGCAGGCAGCCUCCAGGAGGGCUUCACUCCUGGAUACAAGUGCAACAAUUGGUCCCAGUCAGGGGCCGCACUUGCCGCAUUGGACAACAAAGAAAUUGCCAUUAAAGUGAGCGCUCCUGGAAGGACCGCCAUUAAAGUGAGCGCUCCUUGAAGGACCGGCUUCAUUCUCUGCUUUAACUCUGUUAUUAAGGCCCUUCUCAAAUCAGAUUAAGGAAAGGCCCUGUAAGACAUAGCUUGAUUAGUGUGAUGGAAGGCAGAGAGCGAGCUCCUUUCUUGUAUCUGCUUCUCUGACCUCUGAGACAUGUAGUUUGUGGAGGCCAGCCUGGAGUGCAGGGUAACCUUGGUGGGAACCAAGCACAGGGGAAGAAAAUCUGGAGAUGUAUGUUGUUGGAAACAGAACUGAGAUGCACCUUGCCUGUUUAUUUGUGUGUUUGUUUUUCCUGAAAAGUGUCUUGCCAUAUAGAUUCUUGAGUACUGUCAGGCCCAGUACUGAAAAAUGUGUUAAUGGUUCAAAAGAGUUAUCACCAAAACUCUGAGAUAAGUGCAAGAACUCUGCAAGUCAGGUAGUCAAGGCACCGGUGGGCAAAAACAAGCACGAACAAUGAAGAACCUGUUCUGGCCCAAGCUGGUGGUCACUGGCCCAAGUGCUUCAGAAGCAUCACCUGAUUCCGUAUGAAGUUUACAUCAUUAUGCAUGAAGUGCAAAGCCAGGACGUACUGUGACUGCAGAGGAGAGAGAGGGCAUGGGGAGUUUGCUGAACAAAAGUAAGUGAGCAGGGUGUGGAGGUCACGUGAGAUUUGUAGCCUGCGUUUAAGAAGUAGAGUGGAAGAAAACCUGUGUUAGCAAAUCCCAGAAACAGAGACGUGGAGUGUUGAGAUCAUCUAGAUGCGUGGAAUUCGUGCAUCGUGCAGCAAAGAAACUGUUGGUGGGAAGGGGGAGGAGACAGUGUGAUGGAGAAAGAGCUUUGCCCAGUGCAUCAUGGGACUGAAAGAGAGUUGUUUAAGAAGAAUGGCGUUCAAAUUUCUAUCUUGGCGAGAUCCUUCUAGGUAAUUAUUUCUUCUGUCAUUGUUACAAGUUGGUCCUAUGAUCUCCCUUGGAAACAACCCACUUCCCAAGGGUUGGCACUGACAUAGAAGAACCACCCCUGUUUGAACUCUCGGAUGUCAGAUAUCCUGAUAUUCUAUGUGGUUUUCUUAGAACAGGGAAUAUAGUGAGUUCUUUCUUCAUGGGUAAAUGUUGCUCAUGGAAGCUUAUCAGUCUCAAGGUUUCUUAGAAAGAUCCCCAUUGUCUAAGCUGAACCUUAAGCAAAUCCAGCCAGCAUCUUUCUAGAUCUGUGGGAGAGAUACUAAGUGGUAAGCUCCCAUUGGUUCCGAGCUGUGUUCCUCAUGUCUGAGGGAAUAUGUGCUACCUCCUUACUGGACAAGGACAUCCACCUUCCCAACUGCCACCUGCCCUUAAUGGCUGAGCAAUAUGACCAAGAGACAAAGCAAAUGGAAAAGUCUGUGAAGGGGGAGGGGCCAGAGGAGAAGCAAUGCAUCUAAGGAACCAUAAUGCUGUGGCCGUCACCCGGAUUGGUGGCCAAGUCCCAGAGAUUCCUUCCAGUGAGGCUCAUCAUUGCAAACAGAUGAGUUUCCGGGGGGCCGUCGUAAGAUUUUCCUAUCACUUAUCCCCAUUUCCUGCUUCACCGUCUUGCUGCAUGUGAAACCCCUUCCUGCUUCUGUAACACAGGUGCCGGGAAUGCAGUCUUUUGUGGAGUAUGAUGCAAAAAUUGCAUGUUUCUUAAAUGCAACCGACAGCAGUAGAAAAUGUCAGUCAGCCCAGGUUAACUCCUUGGAAAGUUUUCCAUGAAAGAGGAGUGUUCUGGGUCUACCCCAGUUUCUGAGGAUGGUUUUGCUAGAGAACUUCGGCAAUAUGGCUGCCCAUGCUUGUGAACCAGGGCUGAGAGCUGAGCACCAGACCUGCAGAUCUGGUAGAGUAGAGUAGUGGUCCCCAGUGUGCAGUAGGAGGAGAGAGAUGCCCACUUGGUAAAAUUAUGGAUAGCAUUCUCUCUCUCUCUCUCUCUCUCUCUCUCUCUCUCUCUCUCUCUCUCUCUCUCUCUCUUACCUGCAUGAAUACACGCACAUGCAUACACACACACACACACACACCAGAAGAUACUACACCCACUACACAGCAAACCUUCUGUGCAGAUUACACCCAGGACUCGAAGCCUUCACCUUCUGCCUCCGUCUGCUGACCACCUCCCACCUCUCGCUGCAUCCGAUUUCCCGCACAUCACAGAUUUCUCAGGAACAAGGCCUGGCCCCUUGGUCAUUUCAAGCUUGUUGAGCCUUCAUAAGUCCUAACCACAUACCAGCCUUCUAAAUUGAGAAGGUGAUGAAUUUUUAAAUUCCCGAACCUGCUCUGUAAUAAUCUUUGCUCCAUCCCACACAUUACGAUGCAGGAAGGCAACAGAUGUGUUUUCUUAUGACUCCAAGAACAUGAAAUAUUGAUGGGGAGGAGAGCAUGGGCUUGGUAUUGAGGCUCAUCCACAAUGAAAGGUAUCAGUUCUCACCCAGCCUUCAAAUUCUGCGCUCUCUUCCUCCGAUGCUUAGGACCUGAAGAGAGUCCCAAACCUGUGAUACCCAAGUCUAAUUCAAUGAAUUCUCUAAAGAGCUGUGCAGUGAAAUCUGUCUAAAAAGGUCUUUAUCAGUCUCUGGGGACCAAUCGCUAAUGCAGCUAAUACACGUUUGAUCUAUACAGACGAUUUUCCCUUUGUCCCUAAGGGAAUCUUGGCAAACACUGGGUUUACUCGGUGCCAAGCCCGAGUUGCCCGUUAGAAAAUAAAUAGCAUUUUAACACAUUCAAGCAUUGGUCCCCGGGAUGAAAAGCAGCAUGGAGAUCUUCUCUGGGCUUUCUAGCUUGCCUAUAGGACAUAAUGAAAACUUCAUUUUUAAAGUAUUUCUUUUCCUGCUGACAGUUUGCUCAGAGACACAGCAUUCCGAAGGGGGGAAAGGCACAAAGUAAUACUGUCAUAUUUUUAGUGCAGUAAAGAAAAUAAAUGAUGAUAUUUCAUCCAGAAUAAUAUUUCUAACACGUGUACAAUUGGGUACCAAUGUGUGGGAAAGCAUAUGAGACUUUCUUUAGAGGCACAUGCCCUACUGUCCAUUAAAUUUGUAGCAUUUGUUAUCAUUCAUAUUGUGAAAAGUAUAGGUGCACACAGAGAGAUGUUUAUAUAUAGUUAUAUAUAACCGGUAUAGUUGUAAUUUUGUUGAUUUGAUUAACUACCGUGGGACUAACCUGGGAAGCAUUAAGUCACACUGAUAAAAAGUUGAGUAAAAAAGCAGAAAUUAAUAUGCAAAUGCAGCUUCAACAGGGGCAGGACCGAUUAGCUACAGCAGCAAUGGUGGUAGAAAGUGACUAACCCCUGGAAAGGCUGAUCUCCUACCUAUUCAGAAAGCAGAGAGGGGUCAGAGGCAGCCCCUUCGUGCUCGCCAGUGCUGACAGGUGUACAACCGUUUCCCCAAUAAGUCAGCCUGCAGAUGUCAACAGCAGUGGAUUCCCUACGGACCAACACAUUCCAAGAGCACUGGAGUCCUGCUCUCUUCAUACUUACAAGGAGAGAAUCUCCAUCCCUCUGUGGUGCCUCCUUCCGAGAUGUGGCAGAAAAGAUUUUUUUGCAAGGCACUCAGAGGACAUGCCUCUCAUAGGGGAUUUUCCCCAAGGAGCGGGCGGGACUCUUCUCUGCAAGGGAAUGGUUUGGACGUGUCUUGUGAUAUGUAUGCACCCAUGAUGGAAGGAAGGCGCUAGAAAACCCCAGCUUCUGUCUUGAGUGUAGUCCCAGCAUUUCACAAGAAGACAAAUGCGCCUCCCAGUACCAAGGAGAAACAGAGACCCUCAGAUAUCAGGUGUGGACCCGAUCUUGCUUCUUCCUUUCUAGUCAUUCUUCCCAACGCAGAAUCAAUGAGGACUCCUGCAGGGUGGGGGGGUUGCCUCUUUUGCAGCUCUGGCUCUGCUCAUAACGUGUCUAUCAGUCCUCUAGAACCUUCUGUGGUACAGUGCCCAGACUUAUAUUUCUUCCUGGCAACUUUCAGUUAUCAAGGAUGGACUGCCAUCUAUUUUCAUGAGCAAAGAAUGGAAAAGUAGAGGAGUGGUUAGCGUCAAAACAGUUGAAAUGAUAGACGAUGGUGGAUCCAUAUGGAGAAAGGAAUCUCUACACUAAUUCCUCGCCCUAGCCCUCCCAUGACAUCAGCAGAUCCCUUGCUUUGAUUAAUUCACCAAUUUCAUCAGUAUUAUAAGCGGUUUGGGACUCUUUUUAAAAAACAUUAUUUUACACGUAUGGGUGUUUUGCCUCCUUCUAUGUGUGCGUGCUGGAUGGCCUCGGAGGUCUGAAGGGGGCACCGGAUCCCCGGGGACUUGCGUUACAGAUGGUUGCCAGCUGCCAUGCAGGUGCUGGGAAUUGAACCCCGGUCCUCUGGAAGAGCAGCCAGAGCUCUUAACAACUGAGCCAUCUCUCUAGGCCUAAUAUUGUUUUAUAACUUUAAUGUAAAGUGCUUCAGAGAAAUAGAAUUGGAAAUUAGCUGCUAAAGCCACAGGGAAACCAUUCCUUCCCAGAUGACUCAUUCUGGCACCGGAUGGCAGAACCACUGUCGUCACAAAGGACUGAGAGAAGGUUGAAAGGAGACAGCCUCUCUGGAGUGGGGAGAGGGAGAGCACAUCAUGGAAAGUGUGAAGCCGUAGUCUACCCCACCCAUGGAGUCUCUCUUUGGACUCUCUACCAAGAGCCCUUUGCUUUCUUGCCUGGCCACAAUGCAGAAUAUUACAGAAUCAAACACAUUCUGGAGUCAACUUGUAUGGACAAGAAAAGUGAUCUGAGUCCUCCCUUUAAACAGCUCACCUUGAAGUUCAGGGAAUAAUGAUGCCUGCUAUCCCUUUGCCUCCCUUGAGGAAGCUCUUCAGAGGAGGAAGAUUUUGCUUCUCAACCUUAUCUGCCACCUUAAUUUUUUAAAGCCACCAACUUAAAAAAAAAUUGGGGACUUUUCUAUCCUUAAGGAAAUAGGAACUAGGUGCCCCAAGCAUUUUCUAGCUGUGCUGGAGGCAACAACAAGGCUCUCCCCUCUGCUGCCAAGGAACACACAUGUGCCUCAGUUGUACAUAUUUAGCAACUGUCACAGUUAAGGAUUUAGACUGAGCUCCCAUGCAGAAAAAGAAAACAAAACAAAGCAGGUUUUAAAGACCACUAGGAAUGUGUCCUUGUACAUUUCCCAAGAGACAGAGAAAGGUCUGUGUUAGGACAAUGACAUUUGUGCUAAACGUGCACAUUAUAAAGCGUCGGGUGCCCCCAGGAAGUUAGAGUCCCUGUCAGAUGAAGCACGGCCUGGGAGAGAAGAAAUGUUCCACUUAAUGCUGACUGAUUUAGGAUACAGCUCCACGGUGGUACCUCCUAAAUAAGGGGGAAAUAAGGGGAAUGUUAGCUUAAUGGAGCAAAAUCAUGAAUCGUAUUAGAAAGCAGUUAGCUGUGAUCUGUGGAGUAAGUAAAGCCCGACUAUGUUACGACUUGAUCUGGCUGAUGUGUUUGGGAAGGACUAGUCAUUCGUGUUUCAACUGGAGAAAUAGCUUCAGUGGAUGAUGCAACAGACCACAGGUUGGUUUUUUUUUUUUUUUUUUUUUUUUUUUUUUUUUUUUUUUUGUUCCGGGUGUCUUGACAAGGAGUGAGAAAGGAAGAGCUGCUUAACCCAUCCCCCUCCCCAAAGGAAUGGCUCUUCACAUUAGGCGGUUUGGGUGUUCAACGGUAGAAAAGUCCAGGUAUUUCCUAGCCGAGCUGACGCUGUGGGAUGCGCUCCUGUGAAGAUUCGCAAUAUUGAUGGCCUUUGUUUACGUAAGCACAAAGUGAUUAGCACCUCAACUGGCUGUGUAUUCAAGACCUCUUCUGUGUGUUUAUCCAGCAGAGGGUGUGGUUAUCCCCUACACUCUCACAAUAGGCAAGAGGCACCUCGGGGAAGCUCUCCAUCAUCUUCAGGGAUGUUACUAAUUUAUGUAUACUGGGUUGGGGUGCAGCUCAGUGGCCGAAGGUUUGCCUAGAACAUGGCGGGGACAUAGGUUUGAUUCCCACUGGCGUAGACAUUAAUUUGUUAAAGCAAACGAGAAAUAAAGAUAGGUAGAUGAUAAAUAGAGAGAUGAAUUAUAUAACAUACACUGUAGAACACUGUUUAUGGAAAAAAAUCUUACGAAAUCAGGCAUUAGGACAGGCAUUGUAAUGUACACAUGUAAUCUUAGCAGUCAGGUGGCAGAGGUCCAAAAGUCAUGACUUUGAGGCCAGCCUGGGCUACACAGCGAGUUCCAGGGCAGGCUUAGUCCCAUCAGACGCAUGGUAACACCCUGUCUCUAGAGAAAAGUGAAAUUAUGUUUUUCAGGAAAACAAGUACUGGUCACAUGAGCAUUGCAUUUAAUUAGCGAUACUGCAGUGAACAGAACCCUUGGCUGGGCAGUGAUAGGAAAAUCAGACUGGAAAUCUUGUUGGUUGCUCCCUAAGCCUAGUAGGAGACAGCAGGAGCGAUUAGUAGAUGUGCUAAUGGCAUGGAAAUGACUGAGGCUUUUCUGGGACUUUCUGGGAUUCCUGGUCACUUUUCUCUUCCCAUGUCAAGAAGAGAGCCGACUUGUUCUGGAUAUCAAACUUCCAAAGUUAUUUUAGCUCACAAUUUAAUCAACAGAAAGGUAUCCAGUUGUUUUUUUGAAAACGUGCAAUCUCCUUGUCGGAGAAUACUUGUUGCACAACGCGUGUCUUAAUUCUUCCUGCUUUUAUUUCCUCCUCAGUGCUGACUGAGACCUCUGCCAUGAGGCAACUCGUCUGAGGGUUUACUGUAGGCAAAUGACUGCGCUUGGAAGGUUAUUUGGUCUCCCCGGGUGCCAGAGUCAUUUGGAUUUAGCAAAGGAUUUGGUUUUCUCACCAAAUUCUCAGAAGCCUACGAGUACAGGCAGGUCGAGGUGCUUGCUGCCAGGCCUGAUGGCAUGAGUUCGAUCCCCAGACUGGAGGGAAGGGCUGGUACCCACUCAUUGUCCUGUGCCGCAUGUAUAUGAGAACACAUACUCAUCGAUAAAUACGUUUCCAGAUGAGAAAAUUGAAGUGCAAGGGAGAUGGACAGCUCGUCAAAGACAACAGAGUUAGCAGAUACCCGGCAGAUCCUAGACAUUCUUACAUUGCCGCACUUGAGGGCAGUAGAUAGGUCUUCCCGGGACCCUUGCCAUACAUUUUACCCUGGGGUUAGCUUCAAAGUUAAUUGUGGCUUAGUUACUAAAGAAAUAAAUAAUACUGUGAAAUGAUCUGAUUCCUGAGGAACUGCCUUGGUCCUUAUGGUUCUAGUUACUUGCUUCUGGAGCUUAAUCAAGGAAAAAAAUAACAGCGUGGUUGGUGUUCUAGAGAAGCUGAGAGCAACUUCUCCAAGCUAAGGAGACAGCUGUACCCGUGUGUGCAGCCAAGGCUCCACUUAAGGAAAGGCAAGUAGGUUUGGAGCAUCCAUCCCAACUACUGCUGGGAGCCGUCUUCAGGGAAAUUUGCAUCCUUCAUUCCUUGCUGAUCUGAAGUCUGGGUAUCUGGUGGUUUUGUCGUGGGGACAGGCAUGGCCUAUGCUUUUCCUGUGAGGCUGCCUUCCGAGUGCUUAUUGUUAAGGGAACUCUGCUGCCUCCUGCUGGGGAACCCAUUUCCCAUUGCUUUGCUAAUGUGUGCAUCAAAGCAGGGCUUGCCAGUUUGGGCUCCCUCUACUGACCUCUACUCUGUCCUCUGGCCAUUACUUCCAUUUCGAGACAACAAGACAGGCAGCUGAUUCGGAAGGGAAUAAGUCAUCAGAAGUGGUAAAUAUAUAUAUGUAUGUAUGUAUGUGUAUAUGUGUGUGUGUGUGUGUGUGUGUGUGUGUGUAUAAAUGUAUACAUAUACAAUCAUAGGACUCAACAUUCAAGGGAAGCCUUUGAGAAAGUCCAGUUUCUCUUCCCUCCUCGUGUUUGCAUUCUUGGAUGAGACAAGUGACUUUCCCCAGGCUGACUUCUUGCUCGGAUGGGCCAACUAAACUGUGAGGUCCUGCCAACUCAAGCAGUGCCCGGGGCUUUUUGCAAAGGGAAGUUACCUCUGUCCUCCAAGCAGGGACUCCCCAGCUAGACCUGGGUGACAUUUCAUUGCUCUCACUACCCACUCCGAAGGAGCCAGUUCCUGCCAUCGCACUGCCUUCGUCAUGCCAGUGUGGAGUUCAUUUUGCCUGUGGCUAAUACGCCGAGCUAGCCCAUGAUGCAGGAUUGAGCUGUAACAAGAAGGGAAUUGUUCAUUUGACUGAAGAGGAAACAUGGGGACUGAAUCAUUUCUCUACUUGGCCAAAUCUCUGGUCUUCCUGUCUGGGACUAUGACUUCAAUGGGGCACCAAGGAGCCUUUGCCGUGUGAGCGUGAUUGCUCUUUAUCCAGCUUGGAAGGUUGGUUUUGCUGUCAGUAUUCCUGACUCCCCUUGGCAGCCCAUUCUAAAUCAAUCUUCCAUGAAUUCACUGGAAUGCUUUUUGUAGUCUCUUGCAUUGCAUUCCCAAGUCCCUGUCCCUAACCCUGGGAGGCCACUUGAGGAGGCUUCACCUCAACAUCACCUGCCCUUUCCUCUCAGGAGUGUCUUCUGCUCACUCCAUGAUCAUAACCUUCUCCCCACACUCAUCUACCGUAGUGGCCAUAUUUCAAGCGUUCUCUUGGCUCCUAAUAGAUGAGUUGGGACACGUCUCAAAGUGCUUUUGUUUGCUCUGAAAGAGGUUGAAUCAGGGAAGAGAUGGGGGGGGGGAAUGUAUGUGGGAACAAUUUAAUUGUAUCCACGAGGAUUCUUAGUAAUCAGGAUGCCAGUGUGUGUUUUCCAGAGCCUAAAGCUGACAUAAAUAAUGUAGUGUACCCCGCUUUGUGCAGGCUUGCCGAGGAAUGCUGAUAGAGAAGAAGCCAAACUGGGAGCCGAAACGCCCGGCUCCCAGCACAGCCUUUAAAAUCCUUUUAUGGAGUAGUACUUUUUGAAAGUGCAGCCAGGACCUUGGCGAGCUGUAUCUGCCAGGGAGAGGCCAACAGAUGAGGAGCUUUGGAGGAGGUUUUUCUUCCCCCUUCCGUUUUUAUUUGGAGGAUGAGAAUCUGGUGCAGCGUGCAUGUGUGGUCUCAGCUAACGAUUGGUUGAUUUCGUUUCAUGUCCCAAUCCCAGAAGGACUGGGACAACCCUGUCAAGGCCCUGGGAGCCUGGCAUUUGGGGUCUAAAAGAGAAGAUUAAAGCAGGAUCCAUUUAAUUUAUUUAGUUUGCCUCACAGACAUGAAGCUUCAGAAUGGUCGACCCAUUCCACCUACAUCCUCGUCUAGCCUCCUCCCAUCUGCUCAGCUGCCUAGCUCCCAUAAUCCUCCACCAGUUAGCUGCCAGAUGCCAUUGCUAGACAGCAACACCUCCCAUCAGAUCAUGGACACCAACCCCGAUGAGGAAUUCUCCCCUAAUUCAUACCUGCUCAGAGCAUGCUCAGGGCCCCAGCAAGCCUCCAGCAGUGGCCCUCCGAACCACCACAGCCAGUCAACGCUGAGGCCCCCUCUGCCACCUCCUCAUAACCACACCCUGUCCCACCACCACUCCUCUGCCAACUCCCUCAACAGAAACUCACUGACCAAUCGGCGGAGUCAAAUCCACGCCCCAGCUCCUGCACCCAAUGACCUGGCCACCACGCCGGAGUCCGUUCAGCUCCAGGACAGCUGGGUGCUGAACAGUAACGUGCCGCUGGAGACGCGGCACUUCCUCUUCAAGACGUCCUCCGGAAGCACACCCCUGUUCAGCAGCUCUUCUCCAGGAUACCCCUUGACCUCAGGGACCGUUUAUACACCACCACCCCGCCUGCUGCCACGGAAUACAUUCUCUAGGAAGGCCUUCAAGCUGAAGAAACCCUCCAAAUACUGCAGUUGGAAAUGCGCCGCCCUGUCUGCCAUUGCCGCUGCCCUCCUUCUGGCCAUUUUGCUGGCCUAUUUCAUAGCAAUGCAUCUGCUCGGACUCAAUUGGCAACUCCAGCCGGCAGAUGGACACACCUUUAACAAUGGCGUAAGGACCGGCUUACCAGGAAACGAUGAUGUGGCAACAGUGCCAUCUGGAGGCAAAGUGCCCUGGUCGUUGAAAAACAGCAGCAUAGACAGCGGCGAGGCAGAAGUCGGUCGACGGGUGACACAGGAAGUCCCACCAGGGGUGUUUUGGAGGUCCCAGAUUCACAUCAGUCAGCCUCAGUUCUUAAAGUUCAACAUCUCCCUGGGGAAGGAUGCCCUCUUCGGCGUCUACAUAAGAAGAGGACUGCCACCAUCUCAUGCACAGUAUGACUUCAUGGAACGCCUGGACGGAAAGGAGAAGUGGAGUGUGGUCGAGUCACCCAGGGAACGCCGGAGCAUCCAGACCCUGGUGCAGAACGAGGCUGUGUUCGUGCAGUACUUGGAUGUGGGCCUGUGGCACCUCGCCUUCUACAAUGACGGCAAGGACAAGGAGAUGGUCUCCUUCAAUACGGUUGUCUUAGAUUCAGUGCAGGACUGUCCACGAAACUGCCACGGGAACGGCGAAUGCGUGUCUGGACUGUGUCACUGUUUCCCAGGAUUCCUAGGUGCAGACUGCGCUAAAGCUGCCUGCCCUGUUCUGUGCAGUGGGAAUGGACAGUAUUCCAAAGGGACAUGCCAGUGCUACAGUGGCUGGAAAGGAGCAGAAUGCGAUGUGCCCAUGAACCAGUGCAUCGAUCCUUCCUGUGGGGGCCACGGCUCCUGCAUUGAUGGGAACUGCGUGUGUGCAGCUGGCUACAAGGGCGAGCACUGCGAGGAAGUGGAUUGCUUGGAUCCAACCUGCUCCAGCCAUGGUGUCUGUGUGAACGGAGAGUGUCUAUGCAGCCCCGGCUGGGGCGGGCUCAACUGCGAGCUGGCGAGGGUCCAGUGCCCAGACCAGUGUAGUGGGCAUGGCACUUACCUCCCUGACUCUGGCCUCUGCAACUGUGAUCCAAAUUGGAUGGGUCCCGACUGCUCUGUUGAAGUGUGCUCAGUAGACUGUGGCACUCACGGCGUCUGCAUCGGGGGAGCCUGCCGCUGUGAAGAGGGCUGGACAGGCGCGGCUUGUGACCAGCGCGUGUGCCACCCCCGCUGCAUUGAGCACGGGACCUGUAAAGAUGGCAAAUGUGAAUGCCGAGAGGGCUGGAAUGGUGAACACUGCACCAUUGGUAGGCAAACGGCAGGCACCGAAACAGAUGGCUGCCCUGAUUUGUGCAACGGUAACGGGAGAUGCACACUGGGUCAGAACAGCUGGCAGUGUGUCUGCCAGACCGGCUGGAGAGGGCCCGGAUGCAACGUUGCCAUGGAAACCUCCUGCGCUGAUAACAAGGAUAAUGAGGGAGAUGGCCUGGUGGACUGCCUGGACCCUGACUGCUGCCUCCAGUCAGCCUGUCAGAACAGCCUGCUCUGUCGGGGGUCUCGGGACCCCUUGGACAUCAUUCAGCAAGGCCAGACAGACUGGCCUGCGGUGAAGUCCUUCUAUGAUCGUAUCAAGCUCUUGGCAGGCAAGGACAGCACCCACAUCAUUCCUGGAGACAACCCCUUCAAUAGCAGCCUGGUGUCUCUGAUCCGAGGCCAAGUAGUAACCACGGAUGGGACCCCCCUGGUGGGUGUGAAUGUGUCUUUUGUCAAGUACCCAAAAUAUGGUUACACCAUCACUCGCCAGGACGGCACGUUUGACCUGAUUGCCAAUGGGGGUUCUGCCUUGACUCUUCACUUUGAGCGAGCCCCUUUCAUGAGCCAGGAGCGCACAGUAUGGCUGCCGUGGAACAGCUUCUAUGCCAUGGACACCCUGGUAAUGAAGACGGAGGAGAACUCCAUCCCCAGCUGUGACCUCAGUGGCUUUGUCCGGCCUGACCCGAUCAUCAUCUCCUCUCCUCUGUCCACCUUCUUCAGCGCUUCCCCUGCGGCGAACCCCAUUGUGCCUGAGACCCAGGUUCUUCAUGAGGAGAUCGAGCUCCCUGGCACCAACGUGAAGCUCCGUUACCUCAGCUCCAGAACAGCAGGGUACAAGUCACUGCUGAAGAUCACCAUGACCCAGUCCACGGUGCCCUUGAACCUCAUCCGGGUUCACUUGAUGGUUGCCGUGGAGGGGCAUCUCUUCCAGAAGUCGUUCCAGGCUUCUCCCAACCUGGCCUACACAUUCAUCUGGGACAAGACAGACGCUUAUGGCCAAAGGGUUUAUGGCCUAUCGGAUGCUGUUGUGUCUGUUGGAUUUGAAUAUGAGACCUGCCCCAGUCUCAUCCUGUGGGAAAAAAGGACAGCCCUACUUCAAGGAUUCGAGCUGGACCCUUCCAACCUUGGUGGCUGGUCCCUGGAUAAGCACCACACCCUCAAUGUGAAAAGCGGAAUACUACACAAAGGCACAGGGGAGAACCAGUUCCUGACCCAGCAGCCCGCCAUCAUCACCAGCAUCAUGGGUAACGGUCGCCGCAGAAGCAUCUCCUGUCCCAGCUGCAAUGGCCUUGCUGAAGGCAACAAACUGUUGGCCCCCGUGGCCCUGGCUGUGGGGAUCGAUGGGAGCCUCUUUGUCGGUGACUUCAAUUAUAUCCGGCGCAUCUUCCCUUCUCGAAACGUGACCAGUAUCUUGGAGUUACGAAAUAAAGAGUUUAAACAUAGCAACAGCCCAGGACACAAGUACUACUUGGCUGUGGACCCUGUGACUGGCUCGCUCUAUGUCUCUGACACCAACAGUCGCCGGAUCUACCGAGUCAAGUCUCUAAGCGGAGCCAAAGACCUGGCUGGGAAUUCGGAAGUUGUGGCCGGGACUGGCGAACAAUGUCUACCCUUUGAUGAAGCCCGCUGUGGGGAUGGCGGGAAGGCUGUGGAUGCCACCCUGAUGAGCCCUAGAGGUAUUGCAGUAGACAAGAACGGGCUUAUGUAUUUUGUUGAUGCCACCAUGAUCCGGAAGGUCGACCAAAAUGGAAUCAUCUCCACCCUGCUGGGCUCCAAUGACCUCACAGCUGUCCGACCACUGAGCUGUGACUCUAGCAUGGACGUGGCCCAGGUCCGUCUAGAAUGGCCGACAGACCUUGCGGUCAACCCCAUGGACAAUUCCCUGUACGUCCUGGAGAACAACGUCAUCCUGCGGAUCACCGAGAAUCACCAGGUCAGCAUCAUCGCGGGACGGCCCAUGCACUGCCAGGUUCCCGGCAUCGACUACUCGCUCAGCAAGCUCGCCAUCCACUCUGCUCUGGAGUCAGCCAGCGCCAUCGCCAUUUCUCACACCGGGGUGCUCUACAUCACCGAGACGGACGAGAAGAAGAUCAACCGCCUACGCCAGGUCACCACCAACGGAGAGAUCUGCCUCUUAGCCGGGGCAGCCUCAGACUGUGACUGCAAAAAUGACGUCAACUGCAUCUGCUAUUCGGGAGAUGACGCAUACGCCACGGAUGCCAUCUUGAACUCCCCGUCCUCCUUAGCUGUGGCUCCGGAUGGCACCAUCUACAUCGCAGACCUCGGGAAUAUCCGGAUCAGGGCGGUCAGCAAAAACAAACCUGUUCUUAACGCGUUCAACCAGUAUGAGGCUGCGUCUCCGGGAGAACAGGAACUGUACGUGUUCAACGCCGAUGGUAUCCAUCAGUACACCGUGAGCCUGGUGACCGGGGAGUACUUAUACAAUUUCACCUACAGCGCUGACAAUGAUGUCACCGAGUUGAUUGACAACAACGGGAAUUCCCUAAAGAUCCGCCGGGACAGCAGUGGCAUGCCCCGACACCUGCUCAUGCCUGAUAAUCAGAUCAUCACCCUUACGGUGGGCACCAACGGAGGCCUCAAAGCCGUGUCAACGCAGAACCUGGAGCUGGGCCUCAUGACUUAUGAUGGGAACACUGGACUCCUAGCCACCAAGAGCGAUGAAACCGGAUGGACAACUUUUUAUGACUAUGACCACGAGGGCCGUCUGACCAAUGUGACUCGCCCCACGGGGGUGGUGACCAGCCUGCACCGGGAAAUGGAGAAAUCCAUCACCAUUGACAUUGAGAACUCCAACCGUGAUGACGAUGUCACUGUGAUUACCAACCUCUCUUCAGUGGAGGCCUCCUACACCGUGGUACAAGAUCAAGUGCGGAACAGCUACCAGCUCUGCAGCAACGGGACCCUGCGCGUCAUGUACGCCAACGGCAUGGGCGUCAGCUUCCACAGCGAGCCCCACGUCCUCGCAGGCACCAUCACCCCCACCAUCGGGCGCUGUAACAUCUCCCUGCCCAUGGAGAACGGCCUGAACUCCAUCGAGUGGCGCCUGAGGAAGGAACAGAUUAAAGGCAAAGUCACCAUCUUUGGGAGGAAGCUUCGGGUCCACGGAAGGAACCUCCUGUCCAUUGAUUAUGACCGAAAUAUCCGCACUGAGAAGAUCUAUGACGACCACCGGAAGUUCACCCUGAGGAUCAUUUAUGACCAGGUGGGCCGCCCCUUCCUGUGGCUCCCCAGCAGUGGACUGGCGGCCGUCAAUGUCUCCUACUUCUUCAACGGGCGCCUGGCCGGCCUCCAGCGCGGGGCCAUGAGCGAGAGGACAGACAUUGACAAGCAAGGCCGGAUUGUGUCCCGAAUGUUCGCCGACGGGAAAGUCUGGAGCUAUUCCUACCUUGACAAGUCCAUGGUCCUCCUGCUGCAGAGCCAGCGUCAGUACAUAUUUGAAUAUGACUCCUCUGACCGCCUCCACGCAGUCACCAUGCCCAGUGUCGCCCGGCACAGCAUGUCCACGCACACCUCCAUUGGCUACAUCCGGAACAUUUACAACCCACCGGAAAGCAACGCCUCGGUCAUCUUUGACUACAGUGAUGACGGCCGCAUCCUGAAGACGUCUUUCCUGGGCACCGGGCGCCAGGUGUUCUAUAAGUACGGAAAACUGUCCAAGUUAUCGGAGAUCGUCUACGACAGCACUGCCGUCACCUUCGGCUAUGACGAGACCACUGGCGUCCUGAAGAUGGUGAAUCUCCAAAGCGGGGGCUUCUCCUGUACCAUCAGGUACCGAAAGGUCGGGCCCCUCGUGGACAAGCAGAUUUACAGGUUCUCUGAGGAAGGCAUGAUCAACGCCAGGUUCGAUUACACCUACCACGACAACAGCUUCCGCAUCGCCAGCAUCAAGCCCGUCAUCAGUGAGACUCCCCUUCCCGUUGACCUCUACCGCUACGAUGAGAUUUCUGGCAAGGUGGAACACUUCGGCAAGUUCGGGGUCAUCUACUACGACAUCAACCAGAUCAUCACCACUGCCGUCAUGACACUCAGCAAGCACUUUGACACCCAUGGGCGCAUCAAGGAAGUGCAGUAUGAGAUGUUCCGGUCCCUCAUGUACUGGAUGACGGUGCAAUAUGACAGUAUGGGCAGGGUCAUCAAGAGGGAACUGAAACUGGGGCCCUAUGCCAACACCACAAAGUACACCUAUGACUACGACGGGGACGGCCAGCUCCAGAGUGUGGCCGUCAAUGACCGGCCUACCUGGCGUUAUAGCUAUGACCUCAAUGGGAACCUGCACCUGCUAAACCCAGGAAACAGUGCUCGCCUCAUGCCGUUACGCUAUGACCUCCGUGACCGGAUAACCAGGCUAGGGGACGUGCAGUACAAAAUCGAUGAUGAUGGCUAUUUAUGCCAGAGAGGAUCUGACAUCUUUGAAUACAACUCCAAGGGCCUUCUAACGAGAGCGUACAACAAGGCCAGCGGGUGGAGUGUGCAGUACCGCUAUGAUGGCGUGAGCCGCCGGGCUUCCUACAAGACCAACCUGGGCCACCACCUACAGUACUUCUAUUCCGACCUCCACCACCCCACACGUAUCACCCAUGUUUACAACCACUCCAACUCUGAGAUCACCUCACUCUACUAUGACCUCCAGGGCCACCUCUUUGCCAUGGAGAGCAGUAGUGGGGAAGAGUACUAUGUUGCCUCAGAUAACACCGGGACUCCUCUGGCUGUUUUUAGUAUCAAUGGCCUCAUGAUCAAGCAACUCCAAUACACAGCCUAUGGGGAGAUUUACUAUGACUCCAAUCCAGACUUUCAGAUGGUCAUCGGCUUCCACGGAGGCCUCUACGACCCCCUCACCAAGCUCGUUCACUUUACGCAGCGUGAUUAUGACGUGCUGGCAGGACGGUGGACGUCCCCCGACUACACCAUGUGGAGGAAUGUGGGCAAGGAGCCAGCCCCCUUCAACCUGUACAUGUUCAAGAACAACAAUCCACUCAGUAAUGAGCUGGAUUUAAAGAACUACGUGACAGACGUGAAGAGCUGGCUCGUGAUGUUUGGAUUUCAGCUCAGCAACAUCAUUCCUGGAUUCCCAAGAGCCAAAAUGUAUUUUGUGCCUCCCCCCUAUGAACUGUCAGAGAGCCAAGCAAGUGAGAAUGGACAGCUCAUUACAGGUGUCCAGCAGACAACAGAGAGGCAUAACCAGGCCUUUCUGGCUCUAGAAGGACAGGUCAUCUCUAAAAAGCUCCAUGCAAGCAUCCGAGAGAAAGCAGGCCACUGGUUUGCUACGACCACGCCCAUCAUCGGCAAAGGCAUCAUGUUCGCCAUCAAAGAAGGGCGGGUGACCACAGGCGUGUCUAGCAUCGCCAGUGAGGACAGCCGCAAGGUAGCAUCCGUGUUGAACAACGCCUACUACUUGGACAAGAUGCACUACAGCAUCGAGGGCAAGGACACACACUACUUCGUGAAGAUCGGCGCAGCGGACGGUGACCUGGUUACGCUGGGGACCACCAUUGGGCGCAAGGUGCUGGAGAGCGGGGUGAAUGUGACCGUGUCACAGCCCACGCUGCUGGUGAACGGCAGGACUCGAAGGUUCACCAACAUUGAAUUCCAGUACUCCACGCUGCUGCUCAGCAUACGCUACGGCCUCACCCCCGACACGCUGGAUGAAGAGAAGGCCCGCGUCCUGGACCAAGCGCGACAGAGGGCCCUGGGUACUGCCUGGGCCAAGGAGCAGCAGAAAGCCAGGGACGGGAGAGAGGGCAGCCGUCUGUGGACGGAGGGCGAGAAGCAGCAACUCCUGAGCACGGGACGGGUGCAAGGUUAUGAGGGCUAUUACGUGCUUCCGGUGGAACAGUACCCAGAGCUGGCAGACAGUAGCAGCAACAUCCAGUUCUUAAGACAGAAUGAGAUGGGAAAGAGGUAACAAAAUAACCUGCUGCCACCUCUUCUCUGGGUGGCUCAGCAGGAGCAACUGUGACCUCCUCUCCUAAGGAGACGAAGACCUAACAGGGGCACUGAGGCCGGGCUGCUUUAGGACCCCAAGUGGCAAGAAAGCUCACAUUUUUUGAGUUCAAAUGCUACUGUCCAAGCGCAAAGUCCCUCAUCCUGAAGUAGACUAGAGCUCGGCCACAAAUUCUGAGGAAAACAAAACUAAAGGAUGAACGAAUGAACCAACGAACGAACGAAAACACACAAAAAUGUUUCAAGGUUCCCCUAAAAUAUGACCCACUUGUUCCGGGUCUAAGGCAGAAAAGAGACACAGAAUAGCCAAAAGGAAAGGAACAGAAAAGAAACACAUUAAAACAACAACAAUGACGACGACAACAACAAAAAGCAAACAAAAAGACAAACACACUGACCGUACAAACAAAGAAAUGAAGACGAGAAGGCCUCACAUCCUAAUACCUCACUCAUUCACACGUGAGCAACACAAAGACAUUCACAAGGGCCGGCAUCACCAGACCAGCUGAGGACGACUCAGACUGACUGUUGGACAAACCACUUGCGACGACGACGUUUUCGUUUAAGCAAAUACAGGUGCAUUUAAAAAAAAAAAAACACGACUUUGGGGGUGAUUUGUGUGUAGCGCCUGGGGAGGGGGGGCACAAAGGCGGAGGAUCGAGCACUGGAAAUACUUUUUAAAGAAAAAGAAAAACACAAGAAAAAAAACAGUAUCAGAAGUCAAAGCGAAACAAUACCGUCCGGCACUUAACUCUCAGGUCCCCACUUAGUCAGGCCUGAGCUAAUUUAUUUGAGCGCAGAGAGUGUAAAAUUUAAUUCAAAAUGGUGGCUAUACUCACUACACAUAAAUCUCAUACUCUUUUUGUCUUUGGAGAUGCCAUUGUGGACAGUAAUACGCAGUUACAGGGUGUAGUCUGUUUAGAUUCCGUAGUUUGUGGGUAUCAGUUACGGUAGAGGUGCACCACUUGUGACUCUGUUGCUAACGGUUACCACUUCCGAUCGCCCUGUACAUACAUAUGCCGUAAGGCACAAUCACUGUUUCAGACUUAAAAGUUAUUAUUAGUGUGUUUGUUUGGUCCAGAAACUGAGACAAUCACAUGACAGUCACCACGAGGAGAGAAAAUUAAAUAAAUAAAUAAAUAAAUAAAAAUAAAUAAAUAAAAACAAAAAAAUUUUAAAAAGCGGAAAAAAAAAACCACACACACACACACACACACACACACACACACACAAAAGUCUAAUAAGAACUUUGGUACAGGGACCUUUUUGUAAUAUACAUGUAUGAAUUGUUCAUCGAGUUUUUAUAUUAAUUUUAAUUUGCUGCUAAGCAAAGACUAGGGACAGGCAAAGAUAAUUUAUGGCAAAGUGUUUAAAUUGUUUAUACAUAAAUAAAGUCUCUAAAACUCCUGUGGA